GGGGCGCGGCGCGGCGCGGGCGGCAGCAUGGUGGAGAAGCGCUGCCCGCUGCAGAGGGACGGCGUGUACCGCUGGUUCUCGGAGCUGCCGUCGCCGCAGCGCGUGGAGUUCCUGUGCGGCCUGCUGGACCUGUGCAUCCCGCUGGAGCUGCGCUUCCUCGGCUCGUGCCUCGAGGACCUGGCGCGCAAGGACUACCACUCGCUGCGCGACUCGGAGAUCAAGGCCAACAACCCGGCUGACCUGGGGAGCCUCACCAACCUGACGGACGAGGUGGUGCGCAGCAAGCUGCUGGUGUCGCUGGCGCUGCUGGGCUCCGAGCAGCGCGAGGCGGCGGGCGUGCUCUACCGCACGCUCACGCACAUCGACUCCAUCAUCCAUAACUACGGGCUGCAGCUCAACGAGGGCCGCACGGGCGAUGAGUUCCUGCUGCUCUUUACCAUGGCCUCCAACCACCCGGCCUUCAGCUUCCACCAGAAGCAGGUGCUGCGCCAGGAGCUCACGCAGAUCCAGAGCAGCCUGAGCGGUGGCGGCGGGGGCCCCGGGGGCAAGGGCGCCCCUGGACCCACCUGCCCGGCCUGCCACAAGAUGGCCCCCCGGGCCGAGCCCCCCGUGAGCAGCGUGGGGAACAGCCUGGAGAAGGCGCUGCGCACGUCCGCACAUUCCUCGGAGGAGCCCAAGAGGCCACCGGGCAAGCAUGGCAAAGUGAGCGUUGAAAAGAUUGAUCUGAAGGGAUUAUCACACACAAAAAGUGACAGGAAUGUUGAAUGUUCCUUUGAGGUCUUGUGGUCUGACUCUUCAGUAACAUCCGUAACCAAAUCUUCCUCAGAAGUGACUGAGUUCAUUUCAAAGUUGUCCCAGGUGUGCCCGGAAGAGAACCUGGAGAAGCUCAUUCCCUGCCUGGCGGGCCCAGACUCCUUCUACGUGGAGCGGAACCAUGUGGACCUGGAGGCCGGCCUGAGGUAUUUGGCUUCAUUACCUUCUCAUGUAUUAAAAAACGACCAGAUUAAGAAAUUUUUCAGCACUUCGUCUUCUACCCAACAGCUUCAAAGUCCAGGUCCCGGCAACUCUUCCCUCCCUAAAGUGGGCACCAUGGUGGGCGCGUCUGGAAGGCCCGUGUGCGGCGUGGCUGGCAUCCCGUCUUCUCAGAGCAGUGCCCAGCACCACCUGCAGCACACGGCUGGCGCGGCCUCAGUGCUGGCGUACCGAGCCCAGGUGGACGCCACGCCCACCAUCCUCAUGCCCUCCGGCCUGCAGGCCCCACCGCCCCCGGAGCAGAACGGCAUCUUGGACUGGCUGAGGAAGCUGCGGCUGCACAAGUACUAUCCCGUCUUUAAACAGCUCACCAUGGAGAAGUUUCUGAGCCUUACCGAGGAAGAUCUGAACAAGUUUGAGUCCCUCACCAUGGGAGCGAAGAAGAAGCUGAAGACCCAGCUGGAGCUGGAGAAGGAGAAGUCAGAGCGACGGUGCCUGAACUCCGCGGCCCCUUCCUUGGUCACCAGCAGCGGAGUGGCCCGAGUCCCCCCCACCAGCCACGUGGGGCCCGUGCAGACCGGACGCAGCAGCCACGCGGCAGAGCUUCGGGUGGAGGUGGAGCAGCCCCCUCACCAGACGCCCCGGGAAGGUGGCAGCUCCUCCGAGUACUCCAGCUCCUCCUCCAGCCCUAUGGGCGUGCAGGUGCGAGAAGAGAGCUCGGACAGCGCUGAGGAGAACGACAGACGUGUGGACGUGCACUUGGAGGGCUCCGACAAGGAGAAGCCCGUGAUGCUGCUGAGCCACUUCCCCUCGAGCUCCGCCAGACCCACGGCCCAGGUCCUGCCUGUGCAGAACGAGGCAGGCUCCAGCCCUGCGGGCCACCACCCCUUGGCCUCGAAGUUACUGCCCGCUGCCUCGCACCUGGCCCCAAUGCGGAUGCUGAGCUCCAUGCACAAAGCAGAGCGAGGGGGCUCGGACGUGAAGCUCCUGUCGUCAUCCAUGCACUCGCUCCUGUCUCUGGAGGAGAGGGGCAAAGGGCCCGGGGCCCGGACUGGCGUGAAGGUGGACAAGGGCUUCGGCAGUGCUGUGCUGGACACACUCCCUCCAUCGGCACCACACCCACCUGUGCAGGUCCUCUCGGGACUCUCGGAGAGCAGCACCGUGUCCCCAACUGUCUCCUUUGGUCCCCGGGCAAAGGUUGUGCAUGCGGCCACACUGGACCGGGUGCUGAAGACAGCACAGCAGCCGCCCCUGGCGGUGGAGACCAGCACCGCAGCCGCAGGGACACCCAGCACCGUGCUGCAUGUGGCCCGGCCGCCCAUCAAGCUGCUGCUGUCGUCCUCCGCCCCCGCCGAUGCUGCCGUCUCCGGCCAGACAUCCUGCCCCAACAGUGUGCAGAUCAGUGUGGCCCCUGCAAUAAUCAACCCCCGGACUGCUCUGUACACAGCCAACACCAAAGUUGCCUUCUCCGCUGUGAGCAGCGUGCCUGUGGGGCCCCUGCAGGGCAGCUUCUGCACCAACAGCAACCCUGCCUCCUCCAGCAGCCACCCUGCCUCCGCCUUCGCCAGCAUGGCCACGGCGCCCAGCUACCCGGCCCCCAGCUCCAGCCCCGCGCUUGCCUCGGUCCCCGAAAGCAGCUUCUACAGUGGCAGUGGCUCCGCAGGGAACCUCCCCACCCAGAGCCAGGGCCACCAUCACCACCACCACCAUCAGCAGCCCCCUGCGCCCCCCCAGCCUGCGCCACCACCCGGCUGCAUUGUGUGCACCUCGUGCGGGUGCAGCGGUAGCUGCGGCUCCGGCGGCCUGACUGUGAGCUACACCAACUACUUCCAGCACCCGUUCUCCGGGCCAUCCAUGUUCACCUUCCCCUUCCUGCCCUUCAGCCCCAUGUGCAGCAAUGGCUACGUGAGCGCCCAGCAAUACGGCGGCAGCUCGGCCUUCCCCGUCGUGCACGCCCCCUACAGUGGCAGCGUCACCCCUGAGCCCGUGCUGGGCGGCCAGUCCUCGUUUGCCGUGCCGCCCAUGCAGAGCUUCAUGGCAGGGGCAGCGGGCGUGUACCAGACCCAGGGGCUGGUGGGCAGCAGCAACGGUUCUAGUCACAAAAAGAGCGGGAACCUGUCUUGUUACAACUGUGGGGCCACCGGGCACCGAGCUCAGGACUGCAAGCAGCCGUCCAUGGACUUCAACCGGCAAGGUACGUUUAGGUUGAAAUACGCCCCUCCAGCUGAAAGUCUGGACUCCACAGACUGAUGUUUUUCUCUGGCAACAGAAAUUAUUAAGCCAUGGAGACAUAAAGCAAAGUAAAACACAAAACUGAGACGUCUAGUUACUGUUGAGCUUAAUAUUUUUAAUCCAAAGGUGCUUUACUUUACUAGACUGGAUAGAAAAUCUAGUGUAGAUGUGCAUCAAACGAUUUUAUUGCCAAAAUCCUAGAUUGGAGCUUGAAGUCAGGACUUGGCGAUGGGCUGCCCCGCGGUUGGUGACGUGUGGUCUACACCUCGGUGGCAGUGCAGACUCUUGUCUCCUGGAGCAUCGCGUCGCUGGUCCUUCCAGGCUCACACACAAUUCCAGGGCAGCUACGCGGUCUGAUUGGGAGCCCCUGCUUGGACUCUGGACACCCCUGGGUUAGGGAGAAUAUCAGCCUCGCUUUGUUUCGUUUCCUUUUGUUUUCUCUCAAGUGACUAAGCCCUGAUCUCGGAUUUUUAAGGACUACACUAUGGAAGAACGUAACCCGAUGGGGUCUCUGCAGGCUGGGACACCCUCCUCCGAUCCCAGCCAGUGCGACAGACUCGAUUGUGUAGCGCCGGCACCAGCAAGUGACUCAGCUUCGUCUACAGCAGAGGUUUCAGUAUGUCCUUCCCUCCUGCAAACACCUGUAGCAGUUCCAGGUUUUUAAGUUUUUUCCUGCAGAUAAACUUAGACUACAUUAAUACAUAGAAACAGUUCAUUCUCAACAACUUUAUUUCUAAGGGUCCAAGUCCCAGGGACUCCAGUCGCCGAGGCUGGCGGUGCUUCAAGCCGCUCUGCACCGUAACCGACUCCUGCGAGACACGAAUGGUUGGCGUCACAGGUUGGCUAUGGCCGGUGCUCCUUACCCUUGGGGAAGCUGGCAGGCAGUCGCUUCUGGGGGCUCCUGGGACCCCAGCCACAGGGCCGAUGCUGUCAGAGUCUCUUGGUGGACACUUCAGCAGUAAUAGUCUUGCAGCUCAGGAGCGAAAGCUCUGGAGCUUCACGUCAGCUGUCCUGAACUCGGCUGAGUACUGAUCGCUAAUUCCGUUACAGAUCCUGGGGAACUUCAGUGGGGCGGGGCGAGGCCAGACCUUCAGCAAACGUCCCCUCACUCUAGAUCUCUUAAGUUUCAUCCACAGGAAUGAGAGCAUUUUGGUCUGAGACUUAAGGACUUCAGUCUUCAAGGUUAAAGGGAAUUUUCUGCUCAAAACGCAAAAUUUAAAAUGCUAACGCCUUCAAUAUUAAAAUAUUAAUUGGACAAGUCUUGCCAGGGGUUUUCCAGAUGAGUGUUUGUUAAGAGAAUCACAGUAUUCAGACCAUUCUUAAAACGGGACAAUCAGCCUCACGCAAAAUUGUUGUAAAUCAGAAAAGUAAAAAACCCUAGAAUUUGAGGCAUUGUGAUACAAGGCUUCAAAUUUUGAGAUCAGUUUCCUGACUUCAUGGAAACUAAAGCAGGAAGUUGUUACAUUUUUUAUGAAAGGCUUUUAGUAGAGUUUUGUAGUAUUAUUUUAGUAGAAUUUUAUUUCUAUGCAAUGCAGAAUUGACAGACCUCUGUAUUCCCUCUUUAGUGGUACACAGUAUUACAUACAGUUUGGAAGUAAUGGUGACGCGUGUUGCAACAGCUGUUAGAGGAUGUUACGCUGAUCUCUUAAACACUACGAAAUGUCAGAUGAUGAGAACUGACACAACUUUGCCUUAAAGAGUACCAGACUGGAAUUUGUCACAUUAUGUUAAAGGAUGACUUGGAGUGUUCAUUGAUGUUUACGAUUUUAAUAUUUCUGAAGGCCAUUACAGUGGCCUGGAUAUGUGCUGAAAGCCAAACUUUUAAAUUUUUUGGUUUUUUUAAACAAAGAAAUAUUUUAAAUAAAUCCUGUUUCAACACA